AUUUGUCUAUUUGAACUUGUUUUAAAAAGUCAUGCGAUCUCUGUAGCUAUUAUAUUGCAUCUAUUAUUAUUUCAGUGAUGUAUAUCGAAUGUAUUUGUGAUGGUAGCUCGAGGGUCGGGUCGCAGACGGGUACGGACCGCAUUCACCGUGAGUCAGCUGGAGGAGCUGGAAAGAGUUUUUCAGGAAACACACUAUCCUGACGUUCACACCAGAGACCAGCUCGCCUGUCGAACGCAGCUGUCUGAGGGAAGAGUACAGAUCUGGUUCCAGAACCGGCGGGCGAAGUGGAGGCGCAGUGAAGCUAAAGCAGCUAGAGCAGCACACACACCUCUGACGGUGCUGAGAGACACUAAACACCUCCUGACUCCUGUCCUCUGUCUUCAGUACCUGAGCUUUCAGCAGGAGUUCUGGCUGCCCGAGUCAGUCUCUCCUCCGAUUGGUUCUCCUGAACAUGCCACACUUCAACAUCAUUCAUUCUUCUGACCUCAGCGCUUUCAUGGGCCACUACACAAGAGACAUUUUCAACUUCAGUCUAAUGAAGAUCAAAGAUCAACUCUGGAAUAAAAUGACAUAUCAUGUCUUAUACUGUAUCGAUAACAGCUUUUCCUCCCUGAUGUAUAUAAACAUGACUGUAUCAUGUGUUUUAUAUUUAAGAAAUGCCUUAUUUUUAUUUUAAAACAGAAAUCAUACGUGAAGCGGUGAACGUGUGGCAUGCACUAAAUCAAUUUCCUUAUCCCAUCACAAUAAAACCCUGAUAAAACCACUAAGUAAAUAAUAUCAGUUGUGACACAGCACUCACCGACUGAACUGAUGGAUUCCCAGAAUCAUACAAGAAGACAAAUGAUUAAAUAUCAUUUGGGAAAAAGGCUCGCAAAUGUGUUUUCUCACAUAUAUGACAUCUGUUAUUCAAUUUCACAUUCACAAACUGUAGCUUAUGCAUGUGUCUAGAGUUGAUUUAACAUCCUAGAUAUGUAUUUAAAUCAUUGUUUAGAACAAAAGUUUUAUUAAGUGGCAUCAUGAUGUUAUCGCCGCGCUCCAUGAGAUGAACUUGUAAACCUGAAUGGAUAUGGAGCCAUAAAUGAAUUUUGUUGUCGAAAUGUCUAAUUAUCAUGAAUUGGUUUAUUGGCUCUUAAGCCAUAAAGUUGGGUCUUAUCUUAAUUUGACUGAGUUCACGGGCAGGUCAGGACGGGUAGAGAGGGCAAAUGCAAAGGGAUUCAUCUGCAAAACGUAUUAUGAAUGAUGGAGGAAAGCAGAUGACAGAUAACAGCAAAAAUCAACCCCUCGUCUUGAGUUAUGCGAGGGCAACAGGGUUGAUCCAUUAAAUAAAUGACAACUAU